ACCUCUCAUGUUCUCUGUCUCAGGCUUGAAGACUGAGACUGUCUUCCAGACACAUAUAUGCCAGCUUAACCAAUCUCCAUGGGAUGUUAUCACCUUCCCACCUUCAGACCCAGCAGCAACCCCACCACAACCCCCUCCUCCAUACCAGGUCGAUGGAGACGAUUGUUUUACUGGAAAUGGGAGCUUCGGAGAUUCCAUCGGAGCUGUCGAGAGGUAAACCAUUAACCAUUUCUUCGAUUUCGCUAUAUGUUGUAAUUUCUCCGAUCUUUUUACCUCUUCGACGAUAAUUAGGGUUUCUAUUAUCGAUAGUUCGACACCAUUGAAAUUAUUUCCUAAUAGUAGACAAUAGAGCUUUGAUUAUCUGAAAUUUGAACUGUCGAUCGGUUGUGUAUCGAUAGCGUCGAGUCGAUGAGAAUUGAGGAAGAGAGAGAAAAGCAGGUAGGGUUGAAGAAAGGAGACACCAUUUUGUGCUCGAAAACUGAUGGAAAAGGUUGGCAUUGCAAGAGAGAGGCCAAGGAAGGGAAUUCAUUGUGUGAACAUCACUUGACACAGCUUCAGAACUACAACAAUUUAGCUCAUCCUUCUCCAAAAAAACUCUCCGAGAAUCGCCGCCGUGCACGGCCUAAGAAGCCUUCAUCGUCUUCGAAUCCGAAUGAGUUUUACUAUUACUCCGGUUUCGGACCCCUCUGGGGGAAGAAGAGAUGUCCUGGAAGAACCGAAAAAGCUGAUCAGCUUAACAGGUGUAGUAGUAGCAGUAAUGGUGGCAUCAUGAGCAAGGUUGUGGAACCUAUUGAGCCUGUGAUUGAAGUACAUACUGCAACUCAUUCGUCAUCGUUUCGAAUUGAUAAUGAUGAAUUUGACUAUGUUGAGGAUGACGACGAGGAAGAAGAGAAUGGUGAUAAGCCUGGGAAGAAGAGAGUUCGAAAACCGAUUAAGGCUAGAUCAUUGAAAUCCCUAAUGUGAAGCAGCUCAACAAAACUGUAAAAUUGUUGUAUUCAUGUAGUUUUUUUGUUUUCGUCAGGGGAUGGCUGGCGGGGUUGGAAUGCAUAAUUUUAAGGUUUAACAGCGGGACAGUGGAGAUUAGACGAACCGCUAACCUUGUGUAAUUGGUUUUGUUUAAUGGGUUGAGAUUA